AUAAAAUAAAAUAAUAAAAAAUCACCAACUCAUCUUCUUUAAUCUUCCUCUCUGUUUAUCUAACACUCCGAAGACUCAUUACAUUCAUCAUUUUAUUUUCUUUGAAUAUUUUUUUAUUUUUUCGAGCAUUUUUGAAAUCUUCUUCAACAAUUUUCCUUCCACUUUUUAAUUUGCCGGCCAUUUUCAAUCAGGGUUUUGAGUUAUUGUUGGUGAAGUAAAAUACUUGCAAUGGAGAGCAGAAGAAGAGGUGGUGGUGGCGGGGGCGGAGGUGGUGUAGGAGGAGAGAUUAAUACAGUUUCUCCGGCACGUACGCCAAAAUCAAUGGAUAAAUCAACGAGAGAUCUACGGUCGGAUAAUUCUAAUUCAUUCAAAAGUGAUAGAGAGAAAGGUGUGAACGUUCAAGUUAUAGUAAGAUGCAGGCCUUUGAAUGAAGAUGAGAAGAGGUUGCAGACACCAGUGGUGAUUACCUGUAAUGAGAUUAGAAGAGAGGUAUCUGCUGCUCAAAUUAUAGCUAAUAAGCAGAUUGAUAGGACAUUUACUUUUGACAAGGUUUUUGGUCCGACAUCGAAGCAAAAAGAUUUGUUUGAUCAUGCUGUAUCUCCAAUCGUUAAUGAAGUGUUGGAGGGGUAUAAUUGCACUAUCUUUGCUUAUGGUCAGACUGGUACUGGAAAGACGUAUACUAUGGAGGGAGGAGCUAGAAAAAAGAAUGGGGAGUUUCCAAGCGAUGCAGGGGUCAUUCCAAGGUCAGUUCGUCGAAUUUUUAAUAUAUUGGAAGACCAACAAGCUGAGUAUAGUAUGAAAGUUUCCUUCUUGGAGUUGUACAAUGAAGAUUUAACUGAUCUUUUAGCUCCUGAGGAAUGCUCAAAGUUCAUUGAUGAUAAGUCCAAGAAGCCAUUGGCGCUUAUGGAAGAUGGUAAAGGAGGUGUGUUUGUUCGGGGUUUGGAGGAGGAAAUAGUGACUACUGCAGAUGAAAUUUACAAAAUUCUUGAGAAGGGUUCAGCAAAAAGGCGUACAGCUGAAACACUGCUUAACAAACAAAGUAGUCGCUCGCACUCUAUAUUUUCAAUUACCAUUCACAUCAAAGAGUUUACCCCAGAGGGUGAGGAAAUGAUCAAAUGUGGAAAGCUUAACCUAGUUGAUCUUGCUGGUUCUGAGAAUAUCUCUCGCUCUGGUGCUAGGGAGGGCCGAGCUAGAGAAGCUGGGGAGAUUAACAAAAGCUUACUUACACUCGGUCGGUGCAUCAAUGCUUUAGUUGAACACUCUGGACAUGUUCCAUUUAGAGAUAGCAAAUUGACAAGAUUAUUGAGAGAUUCCUUGGGGGGGAAAACAAAGACAUGUAUUAUAGCCACUAUAGCUCCAUCAGUUCCUUGUCUUGAGGAGACUCUGAGCACCUUGGACUAUGCUUUCCGAGCAAAAAAUAUCAAGAAUAAACCGGAGAUUAACCAAAAGAUGAUGAAGUCUGCACUGAUGAAAGAUUUGUACUAUGAAAUUGAACGGCUUAAGCAAGAGGUGUAUGCGGCUAGAGAGAAGAAUGGAAUUUAUAUACCACGUGAUCGUUAUCUUCAAGAUGAAGCAGAAAAGAAGGCAUUGACUGAAAAAGUAGAAAAGAUGGACCUAGAUAUGGAAGCUAAAGACAAGCAAUUGGCAGAACUUCAGGAACUCUAUAAUGCUCAACAACAGUUGACUGCAGAGUUGAGUAAUAAACUAGGAUUGACUCGGACAAAGCUCGAGGAAACUGAGCAUGCCUUAUCUGAUCUUGAAGAGAAGCAUAGGCAAGCAAAUGCAACUAUCAAAAAGAAAGAUUUUAUAAUAACAAAUCUUCUCCGUUCAGAGAAAUCCCUUGUUGAUAGGGCAAUUGACCUACGGACAGAACUGGAAAAUGCUGCAUCAGAUAUCUCUAGUUUGUACGCAAAGAUUGAGCGCAAGGACAAAAUUGAGGAUGGAAAUAGGACCCUUGUGCAGAAGUUCCAGUCACAGUUGACACAACAGCUUCAAGUGCUGCAUAAAACUGUUAAUUCAUCGGUCACCCAGCAAGAGCAGCAACUGAAAGAUAUGGAAGAUGAUAUGCAAUCCUUUGUAUCAACCAAAGCAGAGGCUGCUGAAGAAUUAAAGAAACGUCUAGAAAAGUUGAAAACCAUGUAUGGCUCUGGCAUCAAAGCAUUGGAUGGUUUAGCAGGAGAACUUGAAGGAAACUCUGAGUUGACAUUUGCAGAAUUGAAUUCAGAAGUAUGUAAACAUUCGUCAGCCAUUGAAGAGCAUUUCAACCGAUUCGCUCAUGAAGCUGAUGUGUUGCUAAAUGGGCUUCAAAGUGGUCUUAAUGAUCAAGAAGAGAAGUUAAUGGCGUAUGCUGUGAAGCAGCGUGAGGCGCAUUCGAGAACUGUGGAGACCACUCGUUUGAUAUCUAAGGUUACAUUGAAUUUCUUCAACACCUUGGAUGCACAUGCAUCGAAAUUGACUUGUAUAGUGGAAGAAGCACAAAUUGUAAACGAGCAAAAGUUGUCUGAUUUGGAGAGAACGUUUGAGGAGUGUGCUGCAAAAGAAGAGAAACAAUUGUUAGAGAAAGUGGCUGAACUACUUGCAGCCUCGAAUGCUAGGAAAAAGGAACUGGUUCAAACAGCAGUCACUGGUCUUAGAGAAAGUGCAAUCUCCAGGACUAGUCAAUUUCAGCAAGAAAUGUCAACUAUGCGAAAAGAUACUGAAACUGUGAAGGACAACUGGACUGUUUAUGUCGAAAAAACCGAGUCCCAAUAUCUUGAGGACACCUCUGCUGUAGAAAUUGGAAAGAAGGACCUUGAAGAAGUCUUGCAUAGCUGUUUGGAGAAGGCAAAGAUGGGAGCCCAACAAUGGAAGGAUGCGCAACAAUCGUUGCUAAGCCUUGAAAAGAGCAAUAUUUCUUCGGUCGAUGAAAUUGUCAAAGGAGGAACAGAAGCCAAUCAAAUACUUCGAACUAAGUUAUCUUCUUCUGCAUCAUCUACAUUAAAAGAUGUAGAUGGAACCAACAAGGAUCUCCUUACUUCGGUUGAUCAUUCUUUGCAACUGGACCAUAAUGCGCGUGAAAAUCUCGACUCUAUUAUUGCUCCUUGUUGUGAAGACAUAAGAGAACUAAAGAGUGGCCAUUACCAUAAGAUAGUUGAGAUCACUGAUCAUGCAGGAAAAUGUCUUCUGACCGAAUACAGGGUAGAUGAGCCAACUUGCUCAACUCCGAAGAAGCGACCUAUCAACCUUCCUAGUGUGGCAUCAAUAGAAGAACUACGAACGCCUGCCUUUGAAGAGUUGUUAAGGUCCUUUUGGGACACGAAGUCUGGUAAACACGCAAAUGGUGACGUGAAACAUUACACGGGGCAAAAUGAGGGUGCUCAGUCUAUAAGAGACGCAAGGCUCCCCCUUACGGAACUAUGCCUAUGCCAUGUACAGCAUGUAUAUGAAUCAUGAAACUUCUAUUUUAUUCAUUCGUUCAUUGUUUGUUGGGUUAAUCUCAUUGUGUGAUUCGGAAACACGAUUUGGAAAGUAAAAUUUUCAGGAAACUCUGUUGGUGGAUAUUUCUGUUGAAGUACCAACAUGUUCUUUAGUGAGUUUAUGCCAAUUUAGGAUAAUACUCCUAAAUUGGAAGUGAAAGAGGGGGUUCGACCCCAACAAUGGCAAAAGAAAAAAAUGUAAAAGAUGAUGAAAAAUCGAAUGUAACAAAAGAAACAAAA